AUGGAACAAGCAGUUUCCUCCUGUGCAUCAACACUUUUAAACCUGUUCUGGGAGCCAAUCGCCAAGGAGGUUGAUCAUAAAUUCCAGUAUAGAGAAAGGAUUAAGGGGCUGAAAGAAGAAGUUGGGAAGCUGAAGAUGGCAAGAGAUGAAGUAGAGAGUUCUGUUAAAGAGGGGGAAGAUAAAAUUGGGUAUCUAGAGAUAAAAGUUGACAUAGAAAAGUGGCUUGACGACGUGGAUAAGUUCAUAGAAAAACAGAAACCCAACCUUGAGGAAGCUGACAAAGGCUGUUUCAUAGGUUUCUUUUGUAAUUUGGUGAGGUUUAACAAGGCGAGUAAGGAAGCCAAGACAGCAAAAGGGACUGGUGAAGAUCUCGUCGAACAAAAAGGGAAAUUUGAAGGUGUUUAUUUGCAGCGUCGUGCUUUAGAUAUGACACGACCGUUGCACGAUACAAGCUACAAGGCGUUUGAUUCAAGAAAGACGGUGGAACAAAAGAUUAUCAAUGCAUUAAAGGCCGGUAACGUUAACGUUAUUGGGGUGCAUGGAUUUGCCGAUGUGGGCAAAACUACGCUGGUGGAGAAAGUAGCUUCGGUGGCCAUGGAAGAUAAGUUAUUUGAUAAAAUGGUUAUGGUGGAUAUAACACAGUCUCUGAACGUCGAAACAAUUCAAGAAGACAUUGCCAAGCAACUGGGAUGGGAAUUAACGGAGACGAACGUGAAUGAAAGGGCUGCUAGAUUGCUUGAUAGUUUGAAGAGACAGAAGAGACGAGUUCUGGUUAUAUUGGAUCAUGUUUGGGAAACGAUUAACUUGAAGGUCAUUGGCAUUCCUUUCGGUUUUGAAGAGAAGUUCGAUGAUGAUCAAAAGCGAUUGAAAGUAUUGCUUAUUUCUAGAAGUAAAGAAGUGUUGGGAAAUUACACAGAUACUGAAAACAAUUUCUCUGUUGAAGCUUUGAGUUACCAAGAAGCAAGGAAUUUAUUUGACUCGAUAGUGGGAAACUUGACAUUGUCAGAUUUGGCAGUUGAGAUAGUUAAACGAUGUGCAGGUUUACCACUUACAAUUGAAGCAAUUGGAAAUGCACUAAAACAUAAUAGGAGCCUUUAUUUCUGCCAAAAGAUUUUGGAAGAUUUGAAGAAUUUCAAAGGAGUGGAUCGGAUUUUGAAGUUGAGUUACGAAUUUUUGGAAAGUGAGGAUGCGAAAUCCUUGUUUCUGCUUUGUGCGGUAUGUACUAGUGCAGGUGAUAAAAUCUCAACGGAUUACUUGUUGAAAAUUGGAUUGGGGAUGGGUUUGUUUAGAGAUGUAUAUACAUUGAAAAGAGCAAGGAAUACUAUGCUUUCAUUGAUUGAUAAUCUCAGAGCUUCCUGUUUGUUGUUAGAUAGUGGAGUUGAUGACAAAUUCGUUAAAAUGAGCCACACGAUGCAUAGUGUUGCUGUGUCGAUUGCUGAGGAUGGGGGACAGGUUUAUGUUAGUAUUCCAGAAGGAGCUAACUCGAGAGAAGUACUGGAAAGUACAAUGUCCAAAGAAGAUUUAACCCAUUUGUCUGUAAUUAAUGGGGAUAUUAAUGAGCUUCCUGAAAGGUUGGACUGUCCAAACCUGAGGCUACUUUUGCUGUUAAGGAAAGAUCAGGAUCAAGAUCAAGAUCGUUCUUUAGAAAUCCCAAACAACUUCUUUCAAGGGGUGAAAGAAUUACAAGUUCUAUAUCUGGGUGGCAUCAACAUACCAUCAGAAUCUUCUCUUCUUUCUUGCCUAAAGAAACUCCGGACAUUGUGUUUGAACAGAUGCUCGCUAACCGAUAUAGGAAUAAUCGGAGAGCUAAAGGAAUUGAUGAUUCUGAAAUUUUCGUUUUGUGAUUUUAAAGUGUUACCUGCAGAAAUUGGAGAUUUGACCAAGUUAAAGUCACUGGAUUUGAGUAAUUGUCCAAAAUUCCAACAAAUCACACCAAGUGUCAUAUCAAGGUUGACUUGA